AUGUCGUCGCGAAGACGAAUGGAUCGUCUGGUGGAGGGUGCCAGUCUGGAGGACAUCGUGAGAUACGUGCUCGACCGUACAAGACUCACGGACGCGCGCGCGCGGUACCUAGUCGUCGAGAUUCUUAAGGCCGGGAUUGCUCUAGGUAGAAUCAAAAGGACUCCGCACUCCACUUAUGUACUCACGUCCUUCAAGUCCGACUACAAAAUCACGGAGCCGAAGUUCCGCGACGGCAGCAGCAGCGGCUCCAGCGGCUCGUUCUCGUCGGAGUGA